AUGACAGUGGUAAACUCGGAUUACGCCUACUUUCUUGUGACUACUUUGCUAAUGCACGUACUACUGGACGGCGUAGUCAAAGGGGAGCAUUUCACCCUUGGCUACAUAACUGGCUCGAAAAGGCGUCCAGGCGACUGGGAGUACUCUCGUCCUGGCCUCCAAAUAUCUGGCGCCAUAACUCUUGCCAUUGAUGAGGUAAACGCCGGCGAGCUGGGUAAACGAGGCCACAAACUAGACUUCAUCGUAGCUGAGACGUACGGCGACGAGGAGCGCAGCAUCCUAAUGACAGCCGAUCUAUGGACGAGGAACGUCAGUGCGUAUAUUGGCCCUCAGGAGACUUGCGUACACGAGGGUCGCAUGGCCGCUGCCUUUAAUCUGCCCAUGAUAUCCUACUACUGCACGAAUCGAGAGACGUCGAAUAAAAAGGAAUUCCCUACGUUCGCCCGUACGCGACCUCCGGACACACAAAUCUCCAAGUCUGUUAUUGCUGUACUCAAGGCUUUCAAUUGGACAAAGGUGUCGUUCAUGUUCAUGAACGCGUCUCGCUUCGACAAUCACGUGAUGCCCACGGUAGCUCGAACCAUCCUGUCUUCCUUCCGAGCGGUUGGUGUACGCGUCAACAGCGUCAAGUGCUGGGAGGAGUCAUAUCGCGUCGUCGAAAACCUGAACAAUCCGUUCCACAAGCUCGUCGAUGAAACCUUUGCCGAUACCAGGAUCUACGUUAUACUCGGAAACAUAGAGGAGCACAUUGGCUUACUAAUGGCGUUGGACAGAAGACACCUUUUAACGAGUGGUGAAUACUGGGUGGUCGGCGUCAACACCGAAACCUACAUCGACCGCGAGCCAGACGUCUACAUUCGCGGAUUGUUAAAAAAAUACUCAAGAUCUCGUACGCUUCGAAUUCUGCAGAGCUACUUCAGUGUCAUAGCUUCGGCACCCGUUGGCUACAUAAAUUUUACAAACAAAGUCAACGAGUACAGGCAACGGCCUCCGUUCAAUUUUAAAAAUCCUCUGAGGAGUUUCAUAGAAGAGGGUCUCAUUCAGGCUGUGCCUGAAACCGCGUACCUCUACGACGCGAUUCAUCUUUACGCCCAGAGUCUCAUCAGAACGCUCGACGAGGCCAAGGACCUGCGAAAUGGUAAAGAGAUCAUAUCUUCGCUUUACGGCCUCCACUAUCGCAGCGCCAUGGGGUACAUGGUGUACAUGGACGAGAAUGGUGACCCGGAGGGCAACUACACUUUGAUAGCACUGGAUGACCAGACACCGAAGGGCUACGGCCUCUACCCCAUCGCGCGCUUUAUCGGCAAGGAGAGUUCCACGAACUUGCCGGCGUUGCGUAUUCUGAGAGACGUUCCCUGGGUCAACGGAGCACCGCCAGUCGACGAGCCCUACUGCGGGUACCACGGCGAGAAAUGUUACUCCCACAUGGGAGAAAUCGUCGGUGGUGUCACUGGGGCGAUUUUGGUGGUACUCCUCCUUGUAUCGGCGGUGCUCUACAGAAACUACAAGUACGAGCAGGAACUGGACUCGCUGCUGUGGAAAGUCAACUACAAGGACAUCGAGAUCAAAGAGACCAAGGACAACUCGACCGCACCGGGUGAUCAGCUCUUCAAGAACAACUCCAAGAAUCCAGGUCAGCCGUACGUGAGGACCAGCCAGGCGUCCCUAAACUCGAACCCCGAUGCUGACUUUCGCUACUCCAUGAUAUACACGCAAGUGGGAAUCUACAAGGGUCGUAUUUUCGCUGUCAAGAAGGUGAAGAAAAAGUCGAUAGAGAUAACCCGAGAAAUGAAGAAGCAACUCAAAAUCCUAAAGGACAUAAGACACGAUAACUUGAAUGCUUUUAUCGGGGCUUGCACGGAUCCUCCCAAUAUUUGCAUAGUAGCCGAAUACUGUCCUCGCGGGAGUUUGAAAGACAUAUUGGAAAACGAAGACAUCAAGCUUGACAAUAUGUUCAUGGCAUCCUUAGUGGGUGACAUAGUCAGAGGUAUGACCUUCCUUCACGAGUCCGUCAUUAAAUUUCACGGUUCUCUCAGUACAUCGAAUUGCCUAGUGGACUCGCGUUGGGUCGUCAAACUGGCCGAUUUUGGACUGCACGAGUUUAAGCGCGAUGCCGAGCUCGAAUCUGUUGACGUUAUCAAAAAAUACCGAGGACUUUUGUACAAGGCGCCGGAGCUACUGCGUUCGAUGACUGUUGAAUCCACGCCAAGAGACUUUCAGAGAGGAGACGUCUACUCGUUUGCCAUUGUACUGUACGAGCUGCAGGGCAGACACGGACCCUAUGGAAUCACGGAGCUAUCCGCGCCUGAUAUUCUGAAAAAAAUCAUUGCCGCAGAAGACCCGCCGUUCCGUCCACCCCUGGGUCAGCUGGAAAAUUGCUUCGACUUUGUGAGGGAGUGUUUGCUUGAGUGCUGGGCUGAAAAUCCAGAAACUCGUCCUGAUUUCAAGACGAUUCGAAAUAAACUGCGACCGUUGAGAAAGGGAAUGAAACCGAAUAUUUUCGACAAUAUGAUGGCUAUGAUGGAAAAGUACGCGAACAACCUGGAGGCUCUGGUCGACGAAAGAACAGAUCAGCUCUCUGAGGAGAAAAAGAAAACUGAUGCUCUGCUGUAUGAAAUGCUGCCACGUUACGUGGCUGAGCAGCUCAAACGAGGCCAUAAGGUUGAAGCGGAGAGCUUUGACUGCGUCACGAUUUACUUUAGCGACAUCGUUGGAUUCACUGCCAUGUCGGCUGAGAGUACACCGCUCCAGGUGGUUGACUUUCUCAACGAUUUGUACACUUGUUUUGAUUCUACGAUAGAAAACUACGAUGUCUACAAAGUUGAGACAAUUGGAGACGCAUACAUGGUCGUCAGCGGAUUACCAAUACGAAACGGUAUCCUGCACGCUGGAGAAAUCGCAAGCAUGUCGCUGAGUCUAUUGGAGUCCGUGAAACAGUUCGCAAUCAGACAUAGGCCCUUGGACAAGCUGCAAUUGCGAAUAGGCAUUCAUUCCGGUCCAGUGUGCGCUGGCGUUGUUGGUCUCAAGAUGCCGCGCUACUGUCUCUUCGGCGACACGGUCAACACUGCCAGCAGAAUGGAGUCCACGGGAUCUCCUCUACGAAUCCACUGCAGCAUGGAGACGAAAUCGCUGCUGGACCAGCUUGGGGGUUUUAGUCUGGCAGAGCGUGGCCUAGUCUCGAUGAAGGGCAAAGGCGAACGCCUGACCUUUUGGCUGAUUGGCGAAGAGCCGUCGAUGCGCGAGGCUCGCAACCGCGAAAGGCUGGCCCGGCGAGCUCGCCACGGAACCAUCACCUCCAGUGGCCAACCGCAGCCGAGUGACGGCACUGGUGGGACCAACCACUUUGAUCCUCUGGCACCGCGAAGCUCGCUCAAGAACAAAUCACUCGCUCGAGCCGCGUUCCUACGCUGUUCCCGCGAGUCGCCCAAAAGACUGAGGUUCGCCAGCUCGGAUCACCUAGACCAAACGGCCAAGGCUAGCAGAGGUGAUGUCGAAGCCGGCAAACUCGAGUCCAUCAUGGAUGGCAGUCCGUGCAAGGGUCUGUGCUCGUUGGGAAGAUCGUCGUGCAUCGAGGGCACCAGGUCGUCCAGCAGCUCCUGCCCUUGUGUGGAGCACAUCGGUGAACUGGCUUUACCACUGCGACUGCCAGCCACGGUGCAGCUGAAGCUCGCGCCUCACGUGGACGGCGGCAGUGAGACCAUCCUGAGACCCGACAGUCCCUACCUGGGCAAUGACGAAGAAGUUGCGGUGGAUUACAUGCCGAGGACAAAGGGGCUAAGACUCGGCAAGAAAGGAUUGCUGAGAGCUGUCUGCAGAUCUGCCCCGAGCAGUCCAAAACGGGGGUCCUGCCUUUUGCUCGGGCCCAAGCGAGAUGUGCAGUCCAACGAGGAGCUGGACGAGUGGGACGUAGCGCCACUCAUCAACUGCGACUCGAACACGCGGGAGUUCCAAUGAAGGAAUCUAUGUCUAUCGAUGAAAAUUGGUCGUGUAGAAUUAUGUUUGUGUAUCUCUGACGGGUGUCUUUCAAAUGUUGGUAAAGGCAGUCGACAAGUAUAUGCUUGGGUCAAUAUCACGUUAUUUUUAUGAUCAAUGAGUUUCAAUGACAAUUGAUAGAACAUAGAUCAUUGCGAUGCAUUUAUUAAGAAGCUAAGUUGACGAUUUAUAAAAAUAAAUGCAUGUAUGGACGAAAUAUGGGACUUUCGCUCCCGAAGCGAGAGCACUAGAUUUUUUACCAGAAAAGGAUAGUA